AUGUCUGAUUAAUUGGAUAGUCAAUACAAAUUAUAGGAGUAAGAGACAUAAUCUGGAAAUAAUAUUGAAUUGAGUAGCCCUUAAGGGAGCAGCAAGAAGAAGGGAAGAGCAAGAACAGCAUCAGAAAGGACAUUUAGUGCUGCAGAAACCUUGUAUGGACGACCAAGAAAUACGGGAUCUAUGAUACUCUUGAGGACAGCUGAUCAAUUUAAUAAAAAGGUUAUUCAUGAUGUGAUUAAUCAUUCUCCAUCUAAAUAACAAUAUUCAUUUGCUAAAGCCACUAGAUUCUCGAAACCUCGUUCCAGUUAUUGUCAACAAUAAUUUUAUGAUUCUUAGAUUCGAACAUCUCUUGGCAAAAGAACUUGCAGUUUCGGAUUUGGUAUAAAGUUCGAUUUUGCCAAAUUAACAGAUAAGUAUAUUCCUCCUCCAACAGCUUAUACAAUAAAAUCUAAACCUAAGCCAGUAACAAGAUUUGGGUUUGGCAGAGAAGAAACAAAAGCUGUUGGGAUAUAUGGAAAUCCAAGUAAGAAUCCUGCACCUAAUACCUACACUCUGAAAGAUACUUUCUCCAAUCUUAAAUUUUCAUUUGGAGAAAGAACUAAAGCCAAACACAUCUAUUUGGAAUCUACAACUCCAUCUCCCUGUGCCUAUAAUGUUGGAGGUAUUAGCAAAACAGGAAAUUAUUUCAAUUCCAAAUACUAAAGCAAUCGUGCUCCAUUAUUCUCUCCAUCCUCUAAUAAAUCUGUCAGAAUCAUUAAAACUCCUGGACCUGGAACUUAUGAUCCACCAGGGAGCAUUGCAGAUCUAAGAUUGAAAAGCAGUUCAGGAUUCAGUUUUGGUGCAUCAGAAAGAAAAACCAUUUAAAUUCGUAACAAAGUUUUUCCUGGACCUGGGACUUAUUAAUUACCAUCAGAGUUUGGUGAUGUUGAAUAUCCAGAUUGA